ACAUUUUUCAGUACAGUUGUUAAUUAGUGUAGUGUAAGAGUAAUUUAGCAAGAUGAUUAGAAACAUAUUUUUAUUGUGUUUAGUUUCUAUAUCCUGUGCUCUUGGAGAGCAGAAGAUAGCAGGGGGUGCACUCACGACCAUCAGCCAGUACCCGUUUGCGGCCGCCCUCCUCACCAACAGGGCUGGCGGUGACUACGUGCAGGCGUGCGGCGGUACCAUCAUCACUCAGUCGGCCAUCUUGUCUGCUGCUUCCUGCUUCUACACUGGCACUGUACAAAACUCCGCGGCAGCAUGGCGCGCGCGUGUGGGUUCCUCUUACCGCAACUCCCAAGGCACCAUCUACAUCAUCAACCGCUUCACCAUCCACGAGGGUUUCUCCCCCACUACUCUGGUCAACGACAUCGCAGUACUCCGCACCACCUGGACCAUUACUUACAGUGCUAAUGUACAGCCAGCCAGGAUCGCUGGAGCUGCUUACAAUACCGGCAACAAUCAAGAAGUUUGGGCUAUCGGAUGGGGUGCCAUAUCUAACCAAGUGUCAGCAUCAGAUCAGCUGCGUCACGUCCAAGUGUGGACGAUCUUGCAGCAGACCUGCGUGAACCGUUACGCCCAGACCACCACCACCAUCAACGACAACAUGAUCUGCGCUGGAUUCCUGGAUGUUGGCCUCAGGGGACAAUGCACGGGAGAUGUCGGCGGACCUCUACUGGACCCCGCUGGUAUCGUGGUUGGCGUGUUCUCGCGCACACAAGGCUGUGCCGACGACUGGUACCCAGACGUCAACACCAGAGUCAGCUCCUACACCAACUGGAUCGUGAACGCCGCGAUCGCUUCUUCAUAAAUUCAAAGACAAUCUCUAGAAGGAGAACCGCCCUUCUAGCCAGGUGAUAUCUCUACAAUCGUUUACGUCAAUGGAAAACAGAUCAAAGUCACGUGAUUUUACGAAAAUAAAUGUCAUCUUCAUACAUUCAAGCGAUUUUAAUUUGUUACUUAAUGUUAAUUAUUGUAGAAAUAUCAAUUGGUUAGAGGGACUGGCUCGUGAGCAAGAUGAUAGUUCAACAACGUAUGGAGAUGACAGGUCAAAGUCACGAUAUCUCAUUCUCAUUCAUUUGACGCUAUUGACGUUAAGAAUAUUGUAGACAUGCCACUUGGCUAUGGGAGCUGUUGUCUUUGUGGGAGCAAGACGGAGCAAUAUAUUACUUAUAGUACUGCUACAAGAACUUACAUAAUUAUAUUGCUCGGAUAUUUGCUUCGUUAAAAGCACGCAAGCACUUAACUUUUGAAGAUAGUGUGACCUAAUAGUGCUACUAAUUUAAAUAUCCCUGUUAUUGUAAUAAACUGUUAAUGAAAAAAAUA